AUGAGUUCAACAGAAGAAAAACCAAAAGAAAAAGUUGACGAAAAAACAAAUGAACAAACUGACGAAAAAGUAAAAGAUGAAAAUGGGAAAGAAGAUAAAGAUACACCAGAAAAAAAAGAAGAUGAAAAUGUUAUGAAUAUGUUUUUAUCAUAUUUACAAAAAAAUAAAGAUGAUCCUAAAGUUCUUCAAACUAUGUUAAGUAUGAUGGGAGGAAAAGGUGGAAAUACAAUACCAGCAGAUUUCCUAAAAUUAUCACAAGGUGAUAAUAAAAAAGACGAUAAAUCAGAAGAAAAUAAUGACCAAAGUCCAUCCAAAGUAAGCGAAAAUAAUGAUACCGGAAAAUCGGGUGAUAAUAAAAAGGAUAAAGUAGAAGAAAAUAAUGAUAAAAAAAAUGAUGAUGUAAAUGGAGAAAAUAAAGAAGUCAUAAAAAAAAAACACACCGAAUUAGUCGAAGAUAAUGAUGAUUAUGAAAUUGAAAAUUGUGAACCAGAGUUACCUGUUGAAGAAGAAGCGAUAUCCUUAAUUGAAAAUAUCAACAUAGAAAAUGAUGAAAAGAAUAAGAGCAAUAAAGAAGAAUCUAAUAAAAAAACAAACGGUGUUUCUGUUUCUGCAAAUAUGGCUAAGCUAGCUGAUAAAUAUAUGAGUGGCGGUAAAACUGCGGACGCAACCGGAAAGGAACAAAGUGACUUUAAAUUAUAUCAUUCUAAAAAUUCAUGGGAAGAAUUAAAAAUCGAUAAUGAACUUAUACAAAUAUUAACUUACUUAAAAUUUUUUGGACCAUCAAAAAUUCAAGCAUAUGCAUUACCAAUCAUAUUAGAUAGCAACAGAAAUUUAAUUGCACAAUCACAAAAUGGAUCUGGUAAAACAUUAACUUUUGUAAUUGCAAUGUUAUCAAAAAUUAAUAGAAGUUUAUAUUCAUUGCAAGCAGUUUGUAUAUGCCCAACCAGAGAGUUAGCACAACAAAAUUAUGAUGUCGUUGGUAAAUUUACAAAAUAUUUAAAUGUUAAAACAUUUUUAGCUGUUCCAUUAUGUGAAAAAUAUAAUAAAUCUAAUGGUGUCCAAAUAUAUGUUGGUACUCCUGGUAAAACUUUAGAUUUUUUAAAAAGAAAAUUUAUUGACACUAAUAAUAUAAAAAUAUUUGUGUUAGAUGAAGCAGAUGAUUUAAUUGAUAUUAAAAAUAAUAUGUCAUCACAAGUUGAAAGUAUAAAAAGGUUUUUACCAAAAAGUUGUCAAAUACUUUUAUUUUCAGCUACAUAUAAUGAUAAUGUAAGAGUUUUUGCUGAUAAAUUUGCCCCACGUGCAACAAAAAUAAGUGUGAGACAAGAAGAUUUGACUCUAAAAUGUGUUAAACAAUAUUAUUUAAUAACAGAAAAUGAUGAACAGAAAUAUUACUAUUUAUCUGAAUUAUAUUGUUCUAUGACUAUAUCACAAUGUGUUAUAUUUGUUAAUUCAAAAAAAGCAGCAUAUAGUUUAUAUCAGUUUAUGACAGAAAAUAAUCACAACGUUACACUAAUUUGUGCAGAUAGUGUAAUUAGUAGAUUUACAAAAAACAAAGUUGAAAAAACAAAUGUAAUGGGUAUGGAUCCUAAAACAAGAGAUUCUUUAAUGUCUGAUUUUAAAAAAGGUAUAUCAAAAGUUUUAAUAUGUACAGAUUUAUUAUCUAGAGGUAUUGAUGUUCCAUCUAUAAGUUUAGUUAUUAAUUUUGAUUUGCCAUAUAUUUAUCAAGGUAGAAUAACUAAUUCAGCUGAUGCUAUAGCAAAUCAAAAUGUAAAUAUGGAAACUUAUAUUCAUAGAAUUGGAAGAACAGGAAGAUUUGGAACAAAGGGUAUGGCUAUUAAUUUUAUUAGUAAAAUGCAAAUGCCACAUAUUCAACAAAUUGAAAAAUAUUACAAGUGUGUAAUUUCAGAUCUUGAAUAUGAUUCAGAACUUAUGAUGACUUCUAUAACCAAGUUGAAAAAUUAA